CAAUCGCACUACCAACUCCACCUUGCGCAUACACGCUACCCAACUCCACACGGACCACAUCAAAAGCGUCGUCGCUCACGCUAGCUGCCGACACUUCACUUUCCCACCACCGACACAAUGGGGAAGAGCGCCCGGGCGGCGGCGGCGGUGGCGGCGGCGGCUGCGGCGCCAUCUCCGCCGCCGCCGCCGCCGCAGUCGCCGCAGCCGCUGCCAUCUCAGGCGGAGCCGGCGCCGGAGGCGGAGGCGGAGGCGGAGGCGGAGGUGAACCCGCGGACGGGGUCGCCGUUCUCGAGGAGGUUCAAGAAGCUUCUGGAGAGGAGGAAGAAGCUCGCUUUGUGGGCCCAAAGGGAGAAGGUUCGAGACGCGCUCGCGAAGCACGCCGCCGUGGUGGUGGGGGCGGCGCCGGGCUCCGGCAAGUCCACUCAGAUUCCGCAAUUUGUGAUUGAGGCUGGUUAUCCGAGGACUGGGAAGCAGAUUGCCUGCACCCAACCCCGAAGGCUUGUCGCCACAGCGGUUGCUCGUCGAGUAGCACAAGAGAUGGAUGUGAGUUUGGGAGAGGAGGUCGGUUAUUCCGUACUGUUCGAUGAAUGUUGCAGCACAAAAACCAUUCUGAAGUACUUAACUGAUGGUGUGCUUCUAAGAGAAAUAUUAUCCGAUCGAUUUCUAGAAAAAUACGAGGUCAUAAUUCUCGAUGAGGUGCACUUGCGAACCCUAGCAACUGAUAUUCUCCUUGGCUACUUGAAAAAUCUCUUAUCCUCGAAUGCUCGGCCCGACCUUAAACUUGUCGUGAUGAGCUCUCAGUAUGAGGCGACAAAGUUCAAAGAAUACCUCAAAAGCGGACGAAUUGUGCAACCGAGUCCCACUCUUCAUCCUAUAGAGAUCAUGCAUGAACAACAACCUGUUGAGGACUACGUCAAGAAGGCAAUUGAGAUAGUUGAGCGAGUACUCACGACCGAACCAAAUGGUGACAUACUGGUUUUCGUAACGGGGUCAGAAGAGAUCGACUCUUUCUGCUGGAAUCUUAAAAAGGUGGUCGCAGAUUUGGGAGAUAAAAUCGGGGCAGUUAAUGUUCUUCCGCUUCACUCUACGGUGUCUGCUGAUCAACAAAAGAAGGUUUUCAAGGCCGCACCCCCUUCAAAGAGGAAGGGCGGGCCCGUUGGUAGGAAGGUGGUUGUGUCAACCGACAUUGGAGAAUCAUCACUAGCAAUAGAAGGAAUUGUUUACGUGAUCGACUGCGGCUACACAAAGCAGAAGGUUUACAACGCCCAACUUAAUGUAGAAUCCUUGUUGAUUUUGCCCAUAUCGAGAGCUAACGCACAACGUAGGUCGGCAUUGGCUAGGAGAACGGCUUCUGGGAAGUGCUUUAGGCUAUACUCGAAACAGCGCUUUUUAGCUGCACAGGCUGAGGUGUCGCCUGAGAUUUUUAGGGCGAAUCUCGCGAGCAUUGUUCUAUUGAUGAAGAAGAUAGGGAUUGAGGAUUUUGCCAAUCUCGAUCUGAUGGAUCCUCCUCAUGCUGAAAUGGUCGAACGAGCUUUUGAAACUUUGAAAUGCUUGGGCGCUUUGGAUGGAGAGGGAACUUUGACUGACUUAGGGGAGCUUAUAAGCCACUUUCCUUUGGAUCCACAGAUGUCUAGAAUGAUUGUUACAAGUCCAAUGUUUCGAUGUUCAAAUGAGAUUCUUUCAAUUGCUGCAAUGUUAUCAGUACCUUAUUGCUUUUUAAGGCCUCUUGAGAACCAGCAAACCGCUGAUGAGGCGAAACGGAACUUCAAUCACAUCAACGGCGAUCACCUCACUCUAUUGAACGUCUACCAUGCAUACAAGCACUUGAAUGGUGAUGCCACCUGGUGCGAGAAGAAUUACAUCAACAAGGCAGCUUUAGUGUCUGCUGAUAGUGUGAGGAGAGAGCUUGCCAAGAUUAUGAGUAAGCUUAAGUUAGAGCUUUGCUCAACCGAGUUCAGCAGUGGCGAGUACUAUGACAACAUAAGAAAGGGCAUUUUAUCUGGUUAUUUCAUGAAGGCUGCACAACGCGAGCCCACAGGACAGUACGCGAUUGUGAAAGAUCAUCAUGUUGUCGAUCUUCAUCCUUCGUGUGGCCUUGUGUCGAGGCCGCAAUGGGUGGUAUUCAAUGACUUUGUUUUGGCCAGCUGCAAUUUCAUUCGAACCGUUACUGAAGUGCGCAUGGACUGGUUAAUCGAGGUUGCUCCGCAUUAUUAUAAAAUAGCUACCAUAUGAGAGGAACUGCCGACCGGACCAUUGUUUUUCCCCCUUCCAUUGGAUGUGCUUAGUGUUUUGAAUGAUCAUAGCUGCAUCAACGGCCCAUUUGGACGUCGAAAUGAAUCAGGAUCCUUUUGCAUUGGUGAUUAUUUGCUCGACCACUCGCUCAUAAAUAUACGCCACAAUAAGAGACAUGCCGAACAAACUAUCAUGAAAGUGAAAUAGCGUCCGGAUAUAUCCACCAUACAUAUAUUACUGCUGCUUCCACUAGUUGCAGUAGAGUCGAUUUUCGGAUUAUCCGACUUUUCGGUAAUAUUCAGCGUAGUUUAGCAUAGUUUCUUUGUGUUGUUGUUGUUGUUGUUGUUGUUGUUGUUGUUGUUGUUGUGAUUACUUCUUUUGAGAAAUGUAUAGAAUAUAUCUACUAUGGUAACUCUCUCAAGGUGAGAAUUUCACAUCAAAUAUGUGUGAUGUAAUCAGGAGCCACUUACUUGGAUUAAUACUAUAUGUUUUUCCUUUCUAUUCUUAA